AUGAGUACACGGCGUGCGACAGCUCGGGAGCGCGCUGGAGGGUGGCCGUGCCCCACACGCCGGGGCUCUGCACCGGCCUGCCCGACCCCGUCCGGGGCACCGAGUGCUCCUUCUCGUGCAAGGCGGGCGAGUUCCUGGACAUGAAGGCGCAGACGUGCCAGCCCUGCGCCGCGGGCACCUACUCGCUGGGCACCGGCGUGCGCUUCGACGAGUGGGACGAGCUGCCCCGCGGCUUCGCCAAUGUCGCCACCAACCUGGAGCUCGACGACAGCUUCGGCGACUCGGUGGAGAACUGCACGGCGUCCACGUGGGUGCCGCUGGGCGACUACAUCGCGUCCAACACGGAUGAGUGCACGGCCACGCUCAUGUACGCCGUGAACCUCAAGCAGUCGGGCACCGUCUCCUUCGAGUACAUCUACCCCGACAGCAGCAUCGUCUUCGAGUUCUUCGUGCAGAACGACCAGUGCCAGCCGGCRGCCGAGGAGUCGCGCUGGAUGCGCACGAGCGACCAGGGCUGGGCGCUGCACAGCGUGGAGCUGAACCGCGGCAACAACGUGCUCUACUGGCGCACCACCGCCUUCUCCGUGUGGGCCAGGGUGCCCAAGCCCGUGCUGCUGCGCAACGUGGCCGUCACCGGCGUCGCCUACACCUCCGAGUGCUUCCCCUGCAAGCCGGGCUCCUUCGCCGCCGCCGCCGGCUCCUCGUCCUGCCGCCCGUGCCCCGCCGACACGGCCGCGGGCCGGGGUGCCACGGCGUGCCAGCCCUGCGAGCGCGGCGCCUACGCGGAGCCCGGCUCGGCCGCCUGCAAGCAGCGCCCACCCUGCACGCCCGAGGACUACUUCUCCACGCACAGCGCCUGCGACGGCAACGAGGAGACGCAGCUCAUGUUCAAGUGGGCCGAGCCCAAGAUCUGCAGCGAGGAGCUGCCCGGGGCGGCCCAGCUGCCACCCUCGGGCGUGAGGAGCAAGUGCCCCCCCUGCAACCCCGGCUUCUUCAAGAGCAACGGCAGCGCCUGCCAGCCCUGCCCCUAUGGCACCUACUCCAACGGCUCCGGCUGCACCCCCUGCCCGCCGGGCACCGAGCCGGCCCUGGGGCUCGAGUACAAGUGGUGGAACGUGCUGCCUGCCAACAUGGAGAGCACGGUGCUGAGCGGCGUCAACUUCGAGUACAAGGGCAUGGCGGGCUGGGAGGUGGCCGGUGACCACGUGUACACGGCGGCGGGCGCCUCCGACAACGACUUCAUGAUCCUCACGCUGCUCGUGGACGGCUUCAGCGCCCCGGCGCCCGGCGAGGAGCUGGCCCGCGUCACCUUCGUCUUCGAGACCGUGUGCAGCGCCGGCUGCCAGCUCUACUUCAUGGUGGGCGUCAACGCGCGCACCAACACGCCGGUGGAGACGUGGACGGGCGCGCAGGGCAGGCAGUCGUACAGCUACGUGGUGGAGCGCAACGCCAGCACGAGCUUCACGUGGGCCUUCCAGCGGGCGCCGGCGCGCCAGGCGGCGCGCUCCCUGUGCUACAGCGACUGCAGCCCGGUGCUGGCGCCGCGCGGCCGCCCGCUGCGCUACGACCUGUCGGCGCUCGCGGCGCCGCGCGCCUUCGCCAGCGCGCCCAGCUUCACCGCCAAGGGCCUCAAGUACUUCCACCUCUUCAACAUCAGCCUCUGCGGCCACCACGGCCGGGGGGCGGCCUCGUGCGCCGACAACGUGACGGAGCCGCGGGCGGGYGGCCCGUCCCCGCGCGCCGUCACGGCCUACGCGUGCCAGGCCAUCGUGGUGCCCUCCGACGUGCGGGGCCGCAAGGGCGCCGUGUCCUCGCAGCCCGUCAGCCUGGCUGACCGCCUCGUGGGCGUCACCGCCGGCCCCGCGCUCGAUGGCAUCGUGGCCCCCCCCGAGGACUUCCCCGCCGCCGCCAGCGCCGAGCUGCCCGACGUCGUCUUCUUCUACCGGGCCACCGAGGUGACGCAGUCGUGUGGCUCGGGCCGGGCCACCGCCGUGCGCCUGCGCUGCAACCCGCUGCGCGCGGGCGCCGGCGCGCUGGCCGUGCCCAGCAAAUGCCCCGACGGCACCUGCGACGGCUGCACCUUCCACUUCCUCUGGGAGACGGCCGAGGCCUGUCCGCUCUGCUCCGCCGCCGACUACCGCGCCAUCGUGGGCGCCUGCCUCGGCGGCGUGCAGAGGACCACGUUCGUGUGGCGCGAGCCCCGGCUGUGCCGCGGCGGCAGCGCCCUGCCCCGCCAGCAGCUCCGCGUCUGCAAGAGCCUCGACUUCUGGCUCAAGGUGGGCAUCUCGGCGGGCACGGGCGCCGCCGUGCUGCUCGCCACGCUCGCCUGCUACUUCUGGAAGAAGAACCGGAGGCUGGAGUACAAAUACUCCAAGCUGGUGAUGAGCUCCACRGCCAAGGAGAGCGAGCUGCCCGCCGCGGACAGCUGCGCCAUCAUGGAGGGGGAGGACGCCGAGGACGACCUCCUCUUCACCAGCAAGAAGUCUCUUUUCGGCAAGAUCAAGUCGUUCACGUCCAAGAGGACGGCGGACGGCUUCGACUCGGUCCCGCUCAAGACGUCGUCCGGCAGCACCGACAUGGAGCUGUGAGGGGGGCACGGACCAGGGGGAGCCCCCGG